GAAAAUGGAUGGAUACUUAGGAUAAUACAGAGCCAGUACUUGGCACUCCCAAAGCUUUACAGACGUUUUUCCAGAAUCCUGUUUCUCUUUCAACACGUUCUUCUUCCACCUGGUUCUGAGAGAGUUUUAUGCGUGAGAAACGAAGAAGACGGACCAUCUUUAAAGAAAUAAACCUCGCUUUAAACAAACGGGAUUGCUUGCCAAGUUCAAACCAAACCAGACUCCGGUGUGCUGUCGCUGGGAUGGCUGAACCCCGGAGAGUUCAGCUGUUUACUCUCAGCAGUGAUGCGCCCUCUUCUAACUCGCCUUCGACCCACAGGUGUCCGUCAGGGGUUCCGCAGAUGGAAGAAUCCCGCUCAGAUCGACCCGCUGACACUGAAACAGUCCGGCUCGUCCUCACAUUAUUUGAGCCCGACGAGCGGAGCUUCCCGGAGUUCAGCUAUAGGCAGCUUGUUGAUGACAAGAUAAGUCAGUCAAAAAUUGAAGGACCACUGAGCAGACUAGAGGAGGAAGAAAAGAGGGAGAACGAUGAAGUCGCUGCCAUUGCAAGGAAGUUGGAAGAAAAAUAUGGUGCCAAACCUAAGAAAAAAAAGGACCGCAUCCAGGACUUGAUCGACAUCGGAUUUGGUUAUGAUGACGAGGAUUCUUUCAUUGACAACUCUGAGGCUUAUGACGAGUUCGUGCCAUGCUCCAUCACCACCAAAUUUGGUGGGUUCUAUGUGAAUUCGGGCGUGCUGCAGUUCCGCCAGGCCUCUGACACCGAAGACGAUGACCUCACAGCCGAAGAGGAAACGAUUGAGAUGACAAAAAAACGUAAACUGAAUAAUGAUCAGGAGAAGCCAGGGAAGAAGCUGUGCAGAGCAGAUGGAGCGAUAAAAAGCAACAUGGAUCAUAAGUUAAGCUCUAUGUCUGAAAUUGGGCAGACUGAUGAGAUGGAGAUCAAAAAGAAGAAAAAGGCUGUUAGGACUCUGAGCGUCACCAGCAUGCUGAAAAAGUUUCAAAAAGAAAAGGAGAGAGAGAGACAGAAGAGAGCGAGGGACAAGGCAGCUGCAAAUCUGGGUGCAACAGUAACCCCUCUGUUUCCUGCAGAUGCAGGUGGGGGUGGAGGCAUGGGGCUAACUGACCCUCUUCUCAGUUUAAUUGGUUCAACCAAUGACCAAGCUCUGAUUCAAGCAGCCAGCACAGUAGAUUUUGAUAUUGAUCUGGACUCUCUGUUAGAAGUCAGUGAAGAGAUCUCAUCGCCUAAAUCACUUCCUCAACCAGCAUUAGAGAUGCAGCUGAUCCAAAGCAAAACGGAUGAUUCCGUGCAGCUCGACACCUUUUCUGAUCCCAAAACCCGAACUUCAACUUCAAAGAAUAAUUUUCUGGAGAAAUGUGAACCAGAGCAAACCCAGCUUGUGUCAGAUUCCAGUUCUACAUCACAGAGCGCCCCGCUGCCAGAGGGACUUCCUCCAGCACUGAAAGACAGCAUUAGAAACCUCACAGUGGCGGCCAAGAUAUCAGAGGGAGAGUCAAAACUCAAGUUCUUCAGUCCAGAUAUCAACUCAAUCCUGCUAGACAUUGAGUUACAGUGUCGGGAGCAGAGUGGGUCACUGCGCUCCAAGGUGUACACACACCUGUCGUCUUUCCUGCCCUGUAGCAGAGAUACGCUUCUCAAACGUGUAAAGAAACUGCUAAUCGCACAAGUGGGGGAGCCCCCUGGGGUGGAAAAUCCCAUGCAGAAACUUAAAGAUGCCAUUGGAAGAUCUAUGCCUGAGCAGAUUUCAUGUUUCAAUGAAGAAUGUCAGGCGUAUGAACAAGUCAAGACUUCAAAAGCAACAGAGGACAAUGAUGAGGAGAAAACUGGGAGAAAAGCAGGUCCUAAGAAAGUGUUCAAGUGGAAUGAGGAGAUCAGAGAGUGUUUGGGCCAAGUGCUGAAAGCAAAAGCAGACAAUUAUAAAAAGGAAAGGAAGGGGGAACAGGAGGUUGAAGAGCAUCUCAAGAUCUUUCUUGACAAUGAGGUCAAACCGCUUUGGCCAAAAGGGUGGAUGCAAUCAAGGGUUCUGAUGAAGGAGAGCAGGAAAUUGUUACAUCUCUCGUCAUUACUAACGAAGAAGGCCAAGUGUGAGAAGAAGCAGUCAUGUUCAUUCUCAGAUGACUGUAAUGACGAUUGGGGAAAUUCACCACUGACAGAAAUGUCCAGAGGAGCAGCUUCUGCCUUCACCGAAGGCUCCGAUAGACUCAGUUCUGUUGUUCACGAGGGUGCUGCCACGAAGAAGGGCGAGGUCAAAAAAGUGGAAAUGAAUGUCAGAGCCACCUCAAAUGCAGAGUCGGAGAAAUCUCAAGUUGAUGAGACUCCCACUCAUUCCCUCCUGGAUCUCCUUGCUGAACAAGCCCUGGCUCAGGAGCAACACCUCCCAGGGCUCCAGGAGCUCCUAGCAGAAGUUGCAAAAACCAAGUGUUUUGUUCAUCACUGGAGCUUCUCGGAGACACAGAGUUCUCCCCUACUCCCUCCUCCUCCUCCUCAGUCCAGCCCAGUUGGUUUCCCAGCACAGAGUAUAUGUGGUGACAUUUUGCCUCAGAUGCUUCAGGUUGGAGGCACCAAACAUGCAGAUGCUGUUCAGGUGCACAGAGUCUCUGAAGGUGAUGGUGCUACAAAAUGACAACCUUCAACAAAGACAUGCACAGGAGCACUUUUAUCCAAGUAACGUGGAAAGAGGAACUUUUAAGGUUUUACACGUGAGUUAUCAUCUGGGUAAGAAGAACAAGCAGCAAGAAAUGUCCACAACAGCUGUUUGCAGUUCCUGGAAAGCAGAAGAAACAGUUUUCAGCACAAGAUUACUCCAAACCUUCAGUUUAGGAUUCUUCUCAUUUACAUGAUCAUAUAUCAGAACAAAAGCUUUCUCAAACUCCAGGAAGGAUGAUUUGGAACAAUGAAAGUAGAAAUGUUAACAGGGAGCAUUAAUUGUGUUCAGUAGUAAUGCAGACAACCCUACCUCUGGCAGGAAGGAUUUUCACUUCCACUGUGAAGUUUUUUGAAAAUAAUCCUUUAGCUUGGAUUGUGUAAUUUCCAGCAUCCUUUUUAUUUAAAUGAGAGGGUGGGGCAACUAUCUGCCCAUUUCUGAACCAGGUCACUGAUGGCUGAGGGUUUCCUGUCACCUCACAUGGGAAUCUCUCGCCCUCUGUCACCUUAAGUUUUACAGGACAGCUAAGCUGUGGUGCAACUGAAACAAGGAAAAACAAUCAGUGGAAGAAAAGACACCUAAUA